AUGAGUCCCUUCUUUGUGAUGUCUCUCCUCUUUGGCCUGAUUUUUGGACAAGCAGCAUCACUGUGUGCUCCUUCUGAGUACACAAUCCACGUGGAGAAGCAGGAAUGUGCCUAUUGCCUGGCCAUCAACACCACCAUCUGUGCUGGAUUCUGCAUGACUCGGGACAGCAAUGGCAAGAAGCUGCUCCUCAAGAGUGCUCUGUCCCAGAACGUGUGCACAUACAAGGAGAUGUUGUACCGGACAGCGCUGAUCCCGGGCUGCCCUCUCCACACCAUCCCCUACUACUCCUACCCCGUGGCUGUGAGCUGCAAGUGUGGCAAGUGCAACACUGACUACAGUGACUGUGUCCGUGAGAGGGUCAGGACAAACUACUGCACCAAGCCACAGAAGCUCUGUAACCUGUAA